AUGUCGGCAACUUACUUCCAGGAGCGAGCGACUCCUGUUUCUCAGAAUGGGUUGUCACCAGCUUCGCCUUCGGUAGGGCCGGCUUCCAGAGGCACCAAUGCCCUCUCCAAUCGGAUCACCAGCGUCUUGUCUGCUUCGUAUGCGGACCUGGAAAUUCGAGAUGCGCUGGAGACGCUUGAUUCUCGCGGGGUACACAACUCGGCGGAGACUAGACGACAACUCCGAUUAGCCGUUCAGAAAGAGGUCAUUCAAUGCAAUGGCGAGAUCGUUAAAGACUUUGGAGAAGUGGCGGAGCAACUGAAGCGUAUCGGCACAGCCAUCAGUAGCUUGAACAACUAUUGUGCUGACAUGAGAAGCCAUAUUGCGGCUGCAAAUCGAGAGACUGGACCCGUCUUAGAAGAAGCCACAAGUCUCAUCACUCAGAAGAAACAGGUCGAAUCCAAGCAGCAGAUUUUGCACGCCUUCACCUCGCAUUUCCUCAUCUCUGAGGAAGAGGCAACAGUGUUGACGUCUACUGUCGAGCCUGUGAACGAAGCGUUCUUCCAAAGCCUGACACGAGUCAAGAAGAUACACCACGAUUGUCAGGUACUACUUGGUACUGAAGACCAACGAUUAGGCUUAGAAGUACUCGAGCAAAGCUCAAAGCAGCUGAAUGCUGCCUUCCAAAAAUUGUAUCGCUGGAUACAGCGAGAAUUCAAGACCUUGGAUCUGGAGAAUCCACAAAUCAGCGCAUCUGUCAGGCGCUCUCUGCGUGUGCUAGCAGAACGACCUACAUUGUUCCAAAGCUGCCUAGACUCUUUCGCUGAAGCUCGCGAAACUAUCUUGUCUGAUUCAUUCCACGCCGCCUUAACGGGAUCCAACUCAGAAGAGCAUAUAGCCACCAAGCCAAUCGAGUUUCACGCCCAUGAUCCAUUACGCUAUGUCGGCGAUAUGCUGGCUUGGGCGCACUCGACUACCGUGUCAGAGAGAGAAGCACUCGAGAAUCUCUUCAUUUCUGAUGGCGAUGAGAUCAAGCGUUCCAUCCAGGAAGGCUUAGAGAGCGAACCGUGGCUACGAGGCGAUGGGGAUGAAGAAGUGUUCGACGGCAGGAAAGCUCUCAACCAGCUUGUCAGUCGCGAUUUGACAGGAGUUGCACGUCUGUUGCGUCAACGCACCGAGCAAGUCAUUCAAAGUCAUGACGAUGCCACUCUGGCCUACAAGAUUGCCAACUUGAUUGGUUUCUACAGAGGGACAUUCGUCAAGUUGCUGGGGUCAGAUUCCGAAGUUCUGGAAAUGUUCAACACAUUGAACACCUCUGCAAUGAGACAAUUCCGCGCCAAUGUGAGGGACUAUGUCGCCAACGUGCAAAGCGACCUCGCCGUAGCGCCUGCAGACCUAUCACCUCCUCACUUCCUAGAUGACGCAUUGAAGAUGCUUGGAGUGCUCGCGAAGAGCUACGAUACGUCAGUCGCAGUAACGGACGAUCAGGACCAAGGAUUCCAGACUGUACUCGCAGAAGCCUUGGAUCCUUUCCUAAACGGCUGCGAAAAUCUACAGAAGGGAAUGCAGCAGCCGGACAGUGCUGUGUUUGCAAUCAACUGCCUCUCUGCGACCAAGGAAGUGCUUGCAUUGUACACCUUUGCAAGCGAACGCAUCAGCGAAAUAGACGACACGAUCGAUGAACACGUCGCAAAGCUGAUCGAGUAUCAACACCAAUACUUCAUCCACGAAUCUGGUCUCAUCACCCUUCUUGACGCCCUAUCAACAAUCACCGACUCAGAGGAGAGUCUCAAAACGAUACCCGACCUCGAACCCUUCAAAUCAGAUGCACUCGUAGCAGCUAGCCAGCAAUUGGAUGAAUUCCUACCAUCCGCUCUGAUUGACGCUUCAGAGAACCUCAAAAGGCUGCGCAAUAGGAAGAUGAUACAAGAUAUCACGGAGGAAGCGGCGGGCCACUUUUGCGAAGACUUUGAAUUGGUAGAAGGUAAAAUGGUAGCAUCUGAUGAUCUGACCUAUGAUGAGUCAAAGGAAGACGACGAACAGGAACCGGGGUUGAGGGAUCUGUUCCCGAGGACUAGCGGAGAGAUUAGAGUGCUGCUCAGCUAG